UUCUUCGCUUAUUUUUGCAGAUGGACGUCGGGAAUGUUGGUGUUUAGCCACGUGUAUUAAAAAAAAGAGGAUAAAAAUGUCGAAUUGAUUGUGUGAUCGAGUUGUGAGUCAUGGUGACUGGCAUGGCUGGCGUGCUGCCGAAAUUUGCGGAGCAGUCGGACGAAUCCGUGGAGAUAACAUGGAAUGUAUUCAUGAAGAAAUAUUCUGGCGGAUUCGGCGCCCUCCCCGAGAACGAAGCCGCUGCCAAGGUCGCUAUCGACUGGCUCCUGUCGUCCCCACGCCCAGUUCUUCGUCGUAUCGGCAAAGAAAUCCUGACAAUUUGUGUAGCUAGUGAACGGGUUCUGGUGGAUGAUGCGGCUUCUUCGUCGCUUAGCAAUUUAUUCGGCGGCCGGGUUUGGAGAGAAGACCAAGGAGAUUCCGUUAUUUACGCCGGGAUCGAGUACGUGGAGUUUCUCCACUUUUACCUGAGGAUGUUCCGGGAUGGUGGAUCAGAGAAAUGGGUGGAUAACUGCGCCAUCGUGCGAAAGAACGUGUGCACCUUUUUAGAGGCCAAAAACGGCGAUUUGGCGCUCGUGCAACAGGUUUCAGAGAUGCUGCUUGAAUACCCGGAAUGCUUGCCUCGGGGCACGGAAGCUGAGCGUCUCUGCGCCCUCAUAAUUCGUUUCCUGAGUGCAGUUCCGGCUCCGAAAAGUGUGGAGUUUAUUGCUCAGUUCUCGGCUGCUGUCAACCAUUCUAUGGAGAUUCGUCAGUUGCUUUCCUUCACGUGGUCUCAACCAGAGAUGGGUUAUUUGAAGACAGACUGCUUGAGGACCGUGUGUGACAUCAUUACUACCGAAGAUGCCAGUCGUGACCCACCGUCGAGUGUCUUGUCUCUGGUGUUGGAUCUUUUUGUGCAGUAUGGAUCGAUCCCCAACUCUGCAAUUGAGGCCAUGAAAUCGGUGAUGCGUGGAGGCCGAUGUAGAGGUUUUAUCAAGUUACGUACCGCUUUGAACAACAUGUUGGAGUGGCUUUUGCAAUCGCAGAAGAGUUCCACGCUGGCUCAGUGGAUUGAGCGUGUUAUUAUGUUCAUAAAGAUGGACAAAUCACUGGGAAAGCCCAUCAUGGAUGAUGUGGCGAGAAUCUGGCCAGCGAAGUUUUCUCAAAGGAUCCAGGUCAUCGUGGAGGAUACCCGCACUGACCUGGGAGAAAGCAGACAAGAGAUGAUGGCAGAAGUGGCGGGUUUGAUCAAGGACUUUUCAGAACGCUUUCGAUCACACGAUGACGUGUGCGAGUCACUUUAUGACUGUCUCAAGGCAAAUGGCUACCGAGAUGAUCAGGAUGCCGCGGGUUCGCCACUAGGUGUGUUUGGUCCGUUGACGUUGCAAGAAUUAUCGUCUCAAAAUAGGAUGGGCUCCGGAAUGGUACAAUACGUAGCACCCAAAUCAAGCACUGGCAAAGUCGGUCUCGUGAACCUUGGCAACACGUGCUACAUGAACUCCGUCUUGCAAGCUUUAUACAUGACAGACGCCUUCCGGGAACGAGUCUUGGAUUCUGGGCCCGCUGUUGGCCAGGCACUGGCCGAGUUGCGGGUAGUGUUUGCCUUUCUUGUGGGCACGGAUCGGGCAGCGUAUGCUCCGAGUCAGUUUCUUCGCGUGUGCAACCCACCGUGGUUUGAAACUGGGUUGCAGCAGGAUUGCAGCGAGUUUCUGCAGUACCUGUUCGACACGCUGCAUAGAGAGGAGCAGGAAGAGGAUCGGCGGAAAUUCGUGGAAGUUGACGGCUGUGCGAAGGAACUACCGACCAGUGGAACUAGAGUAUCGGACGAAACGGAGCCCAUCCAAGUGGACGCCGAUUUGGACGAAAACGAGGAAGAAGGUGUAGUGGCGAUGGAUGACGACGUCGACGACGAAGACAAAGGAGAUGGUGUCGGUCUAACCCGUUGGCGAACCGAAGAGAACCUCAACAACCAACAAAUCAUGUGCAGACCAGAGAGCCUAUGCAAGGCAACUGUCAUGAUUGCCGAUACAGAUAUAAUGGUUGCGUCGAGUUCUGCUGCAACAGCAGGCUUUGCUUCUGGUUCUCAUGAUUCAGGCAUUCAUUCUGUGGGUGACGAUGACAAUCCCGGCACGUCGAUUGCACCAGUGGACGACGAAGAGCAGCAGCAAGACGGAACUGGCCCGGAUGUGAAGGAAGAGAUGAUCAUGUCCUUUUUGCUGGCAGACACGUUGGAUUCUUCAAACCAGAAUCCCUCGGAUCUUCGCCAAUCUCGACCGAAGCGCAAGAAAACAGAGCCGGAGACCAGUGAUCCGUCACCUUUGCGGAAAACUGAAGCGGAUCGGAAAACGUGCGAAGUGUCACGAAUGUCUUUGGUGGACUACAUUUUCGGCGGGGUGAUGGAGCAUGUUACCCGAUGCCUGACGUGUGGUGCCGAGUCGAAAGUAGUGGAACAGUUUCGAGACCUCGGUGUGCCCUGUGAUGAUGACGGAGAGGAAACUAAGAUGGAGGAAGAUCGAGGCGGCGACGCCGACAACAAAACCGUCGCCAAGACGAAUCGCUUGAAUUUAACCGACCUUCUCCUGUCGACUCUGGCGCCGGAAAGGCUCGACGGCGAAAACCGCUACUUUUGCGAUACUUGUCGACAACUGCGGGACGCCGAACGGAGUGCGCGAAUCACUCGUGCCCCGUGGCACCUGAUGCUCGUCAUCAAGCGAUUCGCCUACAACAAAGAGCUGCAACGGAAGCUCAAGAUCUCGCGUGACGUCUACUGUCCCGAUCGAUUGAAUAUACCCCUGGAAAUGCUCGAGGCGUCGGAAGACGAUGCCUGUGGGGGACGGAAGCAGGUGUUGUACCGUUUGUACGCCGCCGUCAUCCAUUCGGGCACGAAUUCCGACUCGGGCCACUACUACUGCUAUGCUAGGCAUCAACGGAAGCUCGGGGAAACGCUCGGAGGAAGUGGGGAUGACGAGCCCUGGUAUUUGCUGAAUGACAGUCGCGUCAUGCAAACGGAUUAUGAAAGCUUCCGGGAUUUGACGCAGAAGCACAAGCAGGAUACGGCGUAUUUGUUGCUGUACCAGCGGGUGGCGCUUCUUGACCACGGAGUGACGGGAUCUAGUGUUGUGGAAUCCUGGGAUCAAGUGGUGCCGCCGGAUCUCCGGGAUACUGUGGAAUUGGACAAUCGACUAGUCAAGAAUGAGCGAGAAGCAUACGAGAAGCAGCUGGCGUGUCCAUGGAAAGGUGACAGCGGUGAUUGGGGUCGCAACAAUAAGAACCCGAAGGACCAGGAUGACGACGGGGAAAGUGGCAAUGGCGCGUUUCGAUUCGACCAAAACUCUGGGUUCCCGGUGUAUUGACAGACAAACAUCCUGAAUUAAUUGUUUUGCUUUGUCAUUUGGGCUUUCAAACACUCCGACAGUACUGUCCCGUUGUUGGCGUGAUUCAGCGAACGAGUUUUAAGAUCAAAAAAACUUGUAGACAAGCCGUGGUGGUGCUUCACCGUUUUUAUUUCUUUUGUUGAUUUCCAACGACUCGUCUUCCUUUGUUUCUUGCUGUUCCACGUGCAUCAUAUGUAAAAAAAAAGAAGAAAUGGCUGGAAAUAGAAGUUUCUCUUCUCUCUUUGUUCAUCAGAAUUCUCCGGUUUUUCAGAAAAUGUCGGCGCAAGAACUCGGUUUGUCGUGAUUGCUUUUGUUUUUCUUCAUUCACUGCUUCAAUAGGAUUACAUGACUUUUUCGGAAAUGUGAUAUUUUGCAUACGAUCUUGAGUUUUUGUAGUUCGGUUGCCGCCUCUAAGGUUGGUUUUUCUCUCUUGUUUCUUUUCUCUUUUCUUUUUAGAUUGCAAGCGUUCUGGGAAAAAUGAGAUUAUGAAGACCCGUAUUUUUUGUCUCAGCUUUGAGAAAAGGUUUUAUUCUGAUUGUCUUUGUCGCAAUGUUCGGAUGCGAUCUGCGGAAGUUUUGGAAGAUGAGAAGUUUGUGGUCUGAAGAUGAUAUGGAAAUGGCGAAUGAAGUGGAUGAUGAUUGUG